ACACGAUGCGCUGGAUUGGCACAGAUUGGACUGGUUCUCAUCCACCUCGGUCUUAUCAUCAGAGCGCUCAAGCGUCCGACACACAAAGGCUUGUUGUUUAACUGAAUGAGCGCUUUACAGUCGCCCUGUGUAAAUACGUAUUAGGGGUCAAUGGCAGGAGUUGUUAUAUUCAUUAAGACAUUCUUGUGCGGAUUGAGGCAGAGGGAGAGGGCUUUACAUAAUUACGUUCAUGCUUUUUCACGUGAAAUGCUCCUUUAAAAGAAGGCUUCGAUUGAACACCCCGAGGCACAUCGCGCGCGCGAGCGGACUGUCGAUCUGCAUAGUUUGGUAUCAGAAUUGCGUUCAAAAUGGUAACGUCGUAUCCAUUACCGGAGGGAUUCUCCGAGUUUGAUGUGUUCUCCCUGGGAUCUUGUCUGCUCGUGGAGGGUCUCCUCGGGUUCUUCCUGAAUGCUGUCACCGUUGUUGCUUUUCUUAAAAUAAGAGAAUUACGGACCCCAAGUAAUUUUCUCGUGUUCAGUCUGGCCAUGGCAGAUAUGGGUAUUUCUAUGAACGCCACAAUUGCUGCCUUCUCCAGUUUUCUGAGAUACUGGCCUUAUGGAUCAGACGGAUGCCAAACCCAUGGAUUCCAGGGCUUUAUGACUGCUCUUGCCAGCAUCCAUUUUAUUGCAGCCGUUGCUUGGGACAGAUACCACCAGUACUGCACAAGGACAAAGCUGCAGUGGAGCAGUGCCAUCACCCUGGUUAUCUUCAUCUGGCUCUUCACUGCCUUCUGGGCCGCCAUGCCUCUGAUUGGCUGGGGAGAGUAUGACUACGAGCCCCUGAGGACCUGCUGCACACUGGACUACAGCAAGGGUGACAGGAACUAUGUGUCUUACUUGAUCCCCAUGUCCAUCUUCAAUAUGGGCAUUCAGAUGUUUGUUGUGAUGUCUUCCUAUCAGUCCAUUGAUAGGAAAUUCAAGAAGACUGGCCAAGCCAAGUUCAACUGUGGCACUCCUCUGAAGACCAUGUUGUUUUGCUGGGGCCCCUAUGGUAUCCUGGCUUACUAUGCUGCUGUGGAGAACGCAACCCUUGUCUCUCCUAAACUGAGAAUGAUUGCACCCAUUUUGGCUAAGACAUCACCUACAUUCAACGUCUUUGUUUACUCCCUUGGAAAUGAGAACUACAGAGGAGGAAUCUGGCAGUUGCUCACUGGCCAAAAGAUUGAGACUUCUGCUGUUGAGAACAAGACCAAAUAAACUAAAAAUUUGAUAAUUUAAUGUCCUGGUAGUUUCUAACAGGUAUGACACUUGCUUAUUGGAAUUGUGUGCUUAUGUCAUCCUUGCUGUAUUUUUGUGGACUGUUUGUCGACAUGAGUGUGGAGUCUGUGUUUGUGGUAGUUUGGUCUUUUAUAUUUAAUAUAGAAGAUUUCAGCAAGUAAUACAAAUUCUAAACUGAUAUUUUGACAAAGCACAUAAGCUGCUCCUAAUGGAAAUGUUACAGAACGGGGUCCAAUUUCAUCCGUAUCAUUGCAGAGAACAUUUAAGAAGAGAAUUUGUGGCCAUAAUUUAAUAAGGGUUAAGCUGAUUCCAUAUAUGCAGUUCUGAAAGUAAACACAAUCAAACAUAUAUAACCUAUAUUUUGAGGUUGUGUGUGAACUUUCAAGAUGUUUUACUGCACAUAAGUGCCAUUACACUGUACAUUAAAACUGGCUUUUAAAUGUCACAAUUAGUGAAAAUGUGGCUGCUACAAAAAAAAAUAAACAACUUAAUUUACUGCCAGCUUUAGGAGUGCAAUACUUUUUUACCGUCUCUACAUUAUAUUAAUUUAUUUGAUGUUAACCAGAAUGUACAAUUUGGCACACCCAGGAAAUAAAAUGUACUUUAUUUUGCACAUAGGGAAAUCAUUUGCUAUGAGAUAAAGGUCUACAUCAAGCUUAUGAGACGGAAUUAGGCAAGCAACAUUUUGUAAUCCCAGAAACAACGGUGCUUUUCAUGAAAGCACAUUCCCCAGGGCACAAGAUUAGUCAAAAGGAAAAGAUUAUGCACGAGACUCACUGCGAUUGGAAAUGUUCAGACUGGUGGUCUCGUUUUCCCUCUGCAGAUUCUGUCUCUGUUUUAACAUGAAUCAUUCUGGCAUCUGAAAAAUAAUAAAUUAAUCCCAAAUCA